CCGCUGACAGCAUGUCGUUGCGGCUUCUGAAGAAGCAGGUGGAAGGAAGUUCAGGUCCAGCCCCGAGUUCCUCUGCCACCAGCGGCUGGGGCACGCGACGGAAAGCGCCGGGACCUGGAGGAGCCGGAGGAGCCGGAGGACCUGGGCGCGGCGUCUACCAGGGCAAAGGCAAGGGUAGAGGUCGUGGUGCUGGACCCUUUCUGGAAAGCGUUGGAGAGGCGCCAGCGGAGGAAUGGAGCGAAGAACCAGAGGAUUGGGCGGAAGCACCCACCACCUUGCCGACAGAUGAUGAGGCUUUGGGGCCCCCUCCGGGCCUGGAGGAGGUGCUGGGCAGCGCCCAUUUGCAGCAGCACUUGGCCACAGCGCAGGAGUGGUGCAAACGAGAAGGUCACAGCACUUUAGAGGAGGUCCUUGACUUCUUGGACGACUUCGCCGAAGCCCUAGGGCUGAAGCUCUUGGAAAAGAGGCGGCUCUUGACCAAGCUGCAAAACGCGCAGAGCGCUGCGCCGGUGGCCAAAGCACCUGCGGCAGCGGCGGAGGCCUCCGUUGUUUCGGCCAUGGCCGAGCUCCUGGAGACGGCCAAGCUGCAGCGAUGCCAGGACCAGGCCGUGGCGUGGUGUCAAAGGACCAGGCUGUCGAGCUUGGCGCAGGUGGCUGGUCAGCAGGAUGCCUUUUUGGCUGAGCUGCAGCUGAAGCCCAUCGAAGAGAAGCGCCUUCGCAAGCUGCUGCAGGAGCAUGCCGGUGAGGAACCCCCUGCGCAAGGAACGCUGGCGCCGGGGCUGGUGGCGGCAAGGAUUGAGGAGCUCUUCAAGGAGGUAAAACUGACUCAGUCUGAUGAGACCACCGCCUGGUGUUCCCAGAUUCUUGGCAGCGACAAACGCGCUGGAGAUCAGCUGACCCCCGUUUUUUGGGAUGGCCCAGGAGAAGCUCUCCGAAUAUCGCAAGGCAUCGGCACCCUGUCGGAGCUCCUGGGACGCCUCGACGACCUGGCCGCGCAUCUGGCCCUGAAGCCGCUGGAGACGAAACGUCUUCGCAAGGUCACUUGUGCCUUCCUGGUCAGCUGUCAGGAGGAAGUCAACCGGCUGCGAGAGGAAUUGCCUUUUUCCUUGAUUCUACAGGCUGCCAAACUCCUGUUGCUUGGGGAUAACAAUAGGGGGGUGGUUCCCGAUGCUCAGAUUCUCCCAAUCCAGAUUAAUUUGGAUUCUUUGAGGGAAGCGCUCCAGAAGAAGCUGCUGUCGGCCUCGGAAGAAGCUGAAGAGUUGAGACACUCCAAAUCUGAGGUCUCCAGUCUUGCAGCUCGUCUCAGCGAAAUGCAGAGCGAGAGCGGCGAGAGCGCGGCGCAGAGUGCGGCGGAGGCGGCAGCGGAGGAUGAGAAACAGCGCUAUGGGACCGAACGGGUGAUAAAACAUGCAGAAAGCCUCCAGAGUGCCGAAUCCCAAGUGGAACUACUCCAGAAGAGCCUGGAGGAGCAGUCCCAGAGCGAGGCGACUGAAGCAGCCUCGGCAGAGGAGAAGCUACGAUCCGAAAGGGCAGAGGCGGAGCGGCACCUGGAACGUGUGGAGCAACUCCAGGAGGAGAUGAAGACUUACGAGUCUGAAGUCGCGGAGGGUCGAAAGAGCAUCGCAGAAAUGAAGGAAGAAUUUGCUUCGGAGAUCCGGGAUGCAGGAGAUCUCCGGGAUGGAGAAGCUCGCGAGAAGGAACAGCAGCAGGUGGAGCAGCUGACGGAAGACAUGUCUCGCGCUCGUGCCGUGCAUGCGGAAGAAAUCGAGAGGCUGAAGGUGAUGCACAGCGAGUUGAUGAACGAGAAAGAGUCGAGCAUGGCGGAAGCGGAAACGGCCAACCAAUUGGGCUUGAGCCAAGUGCAGAAGGAGAACAUGCGAAAUGUCUGUAAACUGACGUUAGUGAUGUUUUGGGCGAUUUUGAUGGGGAAACUUGGCAUGGACGUGAGCGACUUGACAUCGUCUCUGGAUCAGGCGCGCGCCGAGUAUUCCGCGGAGCAGCAGCUGCGAGAGCAAGAAGCGCUGGAGGCGCAGCAAAAAGCGGAGGAGUUGAAUGCCACGAUCCAAAAGCUGCAAGAUGCCCUUGCGGCCGAGUCAACGGCCAGGGAGACCCACGAGAGUGCCGCAGCGGCUCGCGCGGCGGAGCUGCAAGAAGAGCUGCAUCGCUUGGAGGAUGCACACGCGCAGGCGGUGAAGGAUGGUGAAGCCAGUGAUGCCAAGGCGCAGGACGUGAUCGUGGAUCUGAAGUCUCGCUUGGAAGACGUGCAAGCAGAACAUUCUGCGGAGAGAGAGGGCCGAGAGGCCGACCAGCUCCAGGCGAAAUCCCUGGCAGAAGACUUGAAAGCAACCCUUCAAAAGUUGGAAGAUGAGGCUGAAAAGGAGAGGAAAGACUGGAGCUCUCAGCUGGCAGAGGUGCGUUCCCGCAGCGACCAGGAACGCGAAGGGCUGCAGGAAACGAUUCAGAAGCUGCAGGACAGCGUCGCCGCCGAAAGCGCUGCGCGCGAGAUCUUGGAGAAGAACUCGGACCAACGGACCAGCGACCUAAGCAGGAAAAUCAACGACUUGCGCUCUGAACAUCAAGAGGCCAUGGAGACUGCUGAAAGCAGAGCUGCAACAGCUGCAGAGGAGAAAACUGAGCUGCAACUGACUUUGGAACAGUGGAGAUCCGAGCAUGCAGAAGAGACGGCACUGAAGGCCUCCAAAGAGAAGGAGGUGGAAGACUUGUCUUCCCAGGUACAGCAGCUCCAGGCAGACCAGGAGGCGGAAAGCAAGAAAGCUGAAGCCAAGAUGGAGCAAAUGAUGAACGACAUGGAGGAACUGUCCAGUGAGGCGCAAGCCGUGCGGCAGCAGUUGCAGCAGCAGCUGCAACAGGCAGAGCAGGAAGCACAGCAAGUGAUGGAGGAGAAGGAGAAAUCGCAGGCCCAGCUUGAGGAAGACUUGAAAGAACUUCAAGCGGCUCACGAAAAAGAGAAGGAUCAGGUGGCGUCUCUGACUUCCGAUCUGCGGGAGAUGGACAUGCAGCACAGCGAGGAGCUCGACGAGAUGAGGCGCCUUCAUACGGAGGAAGUGAAGCGUCGCGAGGCGGACUUCGCCCAGGCCUCCGCAGAUGCUACAGGGAUGGCCGCAGCCAUGGAGCAGCUGCGCUCCGAGCAUCUGGCGGCGGUGCAGGAGGGCGAAGCGCUGGAGCAACGGCGGAAGGAGGAGGCCGAGACCGCCGAGACCCUUCACUCGGAGCAGCAAGCAGCGGAGCGGCGGGCCGAGGAGUUGGACGCCACCAUCCAGAGGUUGCAAGAUGCUGUCGCCGCAGAGACCACUGCGCGCGAAGAGAAUGACCGCGCGGCAGAGAACAGAGCAGCAGAGCUCCAGCAGAAGAUUGAGACGUUGCAGGACGAGCAUGCAACGGCAGUGAAAGAGGGUCAUUCCAUUCAAACCAAGGCCGGUGAAGACAUCGCUGACCUCAACAGCCAGCUGGAGCAAGUUCGAUCCGAGUACUCAGCCGAGCGGGAAGGGAGAGCAACUGAUCAGCAGCAGGCCGAUUUCACAGCGGAUGAGUUGAGGGCGACGAUUCGAAAACUGGAAGAUGCAGUGGCGCAAGAAACCACCGCACGUGAAGAGGAUGAAAGGGAGGCAAAGAGCAGAGCUGAACAGCUCCAACGAGAACUUGAGACUGUGCAGGAAGAGCAUGCCUCUGCCGUCCACGAGGGGCAGGUUUUGAAAGCUAAAACCACUGAUGACAUCGCGGACCUCAACUCACAACUGGAGCGGGCUCGAUCCGAAUAUUCUGCAGAGAUCGAAGGAAGGGAAGCAGACAACAACCAGGCAGAAAGUGCAGCAGAUGAAUUGAAGGUCACCAUUCAGCAGCUCCGUGACGCCGUGGCCUCCGAGACCGCGGCGCGGCAGGCGCUGGAGAAGGACGCGGACGCGCAGACCCGCGAGCUGAGCCAACAGGUCAGCGAGUGGCACCUCGGGGCAGCCCUUCGUUUUUUUGGGUGGGGAAAAACAUUGGGUAAACAUUGCAAUUUAUCGGGGGUUAUGGGGAUUUAUGUGAUUUUGUGGGGUGAUUGA